GCCCCCGCCUCCUUUCUCGGGAAGCCUGGGUCUCCCCGGAGCGGGUCUGCCCUUGGGGAAGCCUCUCGGCUCCGUGCCCUGCAGCUCGGCUGACAUUACGGCGGAAGGAAGAGGGGUCCGGUGCCCCCCGCAUGCACAUGUGCUAGCCCCGGCAGGAGCAAGCGCCUCCGCGGAGGAGUCCAGAAAGAGGGAAGGGGAGGCUCGCCAGCAUCUCGGUCCGGUCCCAGGCGCCCAGGUCGGCCUCGGAGGAACGGCAGCCGCCAACAGGUUGGCACGUCUCCCCAGCCAGGCCUGCCGGGAGCGCUGCAUGCAAAUUUGGCUGCGGGCUAGAGCACGCUAACCAGUCGCAGAGAUGGACUUCGUCAUGAAACAGGCCCUCGGAGGGGCCACCAAAGACAUGGGGAAAAUGCUGGGGGGAGAGGAGGAGAAGGACCCAGACGCACAGAAGAAGGAGGAGGAGCGGCAGGAGGCGCUGCGGCAGCAGGAGGAGGAGCGCAAGGCCAAGCACGCGCGCAUGGAGGCUGAGCGCGAGAAGGUCCGGCAGCAGAUCCGAGACAAGUACGGGCUGAAGAAGAAGGAAGAGAAGGAGGCUGAGGAGAAGGCGGCCCUGGAGCAGCCCUGCGAGGGGAGCCUGACGCGGCCCAAGAAGGCCAUCCCCGCAGGCUGCGGGGACGAGGACGAGGAGGAGGAAGAGAGCAUCCUGGACACGGUGCUCAAAUACCUGCCCGGGCCGCUGCAGGACAUGUUCAAGAAGUAACCAG